UGUAAGUAUGAAGUGAUUAAACUUUGUGUACCGCCUAAGAAGUAACAUUAUUAAUUCAACUUUAAAUGAUUCGCCGAAUCAAUGUGCUGAUUGGCAUUGCAGUGGCAGUCCUAGCUUAUUGCGGCUAUCAAUAUCGUUUCAAUAGACUCGGAGACUUCAGCACAAUGGCAUCUGAAUCGACUAGCGACUACAAGAACGCAAAAUCGGUGUAUGAUUUCACCGUUAAAGAUGGUCAAGGUAAUGACAUUAGCUUGGAAAAAUACCAAGGGAAGGUAUUAUUGGUUGUUAACAUCGCCUCAAAGUGUGGUCUCACAAAAGGAAAUUACGAAGAAUUGACCGAGUUGUCAAAGAAAUAUGCAGAGCAGGAUUUCAAAAUCCUUUCAUUCCCGUGUAAUCAAUUUGGAUCACAAAUGCCGGAAAAGGAUGGAGAAGAAAUGGUUUGCCAUUUGCGGAACGCAAAUGCAGAUGUAGGAGAUGUCUUUGCCAGGGUUAACGUAAACGGUGACGAUGCCGAUUCAUUAUUCAAGUACCUCAAGCAUAAGCAAGGUGGCAGUUUGGGCAGCUUCAUCAAGUGGAAUUUCACCAAGUUUCUUGUCAACAAAGAAGGACAGCCUGUGGCACGGUUCGCACCUACCACUAAUCCGUUGGAUAUCGUCAAAGAUAUCGACAAACUGCUUCUCAACAUGGACGCGAAAAAUGCCAAAACAAUUUAUGAUUUAACUGCAACCGACGUCAACGGGAACGAUAUUAAUCUCAGCAAAUACAAAGGCACCGUGUGUUUAGUGAUGAAUUUUUCCACCAAGGAUCCGGUGUGUGAAAAAGUGUUCUCAAUGCUUACUCCACUGCACAAAAAGUAUCACAGCGAUACGAAACAAGAUCUCAACAUCCUUCUGUUCCCAUGUUUUCAAUUCGGUGCCAAGGAGUCAAUAAGCGAAAUCCUAGACUUUUUCGAGAAAAAUGAUCAACACCGAAUAGGAGAUGUUUUUGCCGAUAUCGAAGUCAAUGGUUCCAAGUGUACUGAAUUAUACAAAUUUCUCAAGCAGAAAAAGCCAGGAAAUUGCGGAGGUUUUGUCAACAGUAAUUUCACUAUGUUUUUGACUGACCGAAACGGAGUACCUGUUGAGCGGUUUGGGGCAACUGUGCACCCAUAUCUCCUAGAAGAUUUGAUGGAUCAAUAUUGCGCGUAA